AUGAUGCAGACCCACUGGUCAACAUCCACCAUUCACAUCGCUAAUAUUCGAUCUGAGUGGUGCUGUUUGCACUAUGAAGCAUCGUCACCAAUCCUCCUGGUCAUACAGCACUGUCUGAGGGGCCUUAACACGGACCAGAGUGGACAUCCAACCAACCAAUCAGCGCUCGGCGGCCCACCCACAUCGACUUUGCCGCCAAUGUGUCGGAAUGCAUUCCAACCACACUACCAUUCCUUCUUGAGUACUUGGUCACAUAACAACAGUCUCUUGCACCUCCCAUUCAACCAUGGCAAGCGCCCAAGGAUGGUUGUACCGCAAGGCCCGUACGAUGGGUCGACCCCCAGUGUACGCAAACGCCGCAUUCCCUCGUGUUCAAGCCCGGCGUUAGAAGCCACUACAAAUCGUCGUUCACCCAAAAGGCAGAAGGUCUGCCAUCCAGCAGUCCCGCCGUCAAGGUUUUGGGACCAUUUAUCGGAGAUCCCUCUCACUCGGAACGCAUUACGAGAGUUAGGCAAUAGGAACGCCAAAGUCUCCCACGGCUCACCAGCUACACGAACCUGUUGCGAGACCGGUUGCCACCAGCUCACCGACUUGUUUUCACCAACUGACUUGAGGCGAAUCACUCGUUUUGCAAGGCACGGUGGCCCUGAUCUAAAGGAUUUGAGAGGAUACCCAAUACCAACGGGAACCAAAGCCAGGAUGAGUUCUAACCAGCCAGGCAUCAGGCGCCGAAAGAGAAGCUCAAGAUCACCAAAGAAGAGCUCGCAGUCCCCUUCGAAAAGUAAUAACACGACGACUACGAGGAGCACAGGGCCAUAUGAUCGUGCCUUUCAGCAACACCUCGUCGACCACAACAUCUUGCCCGAUGGGUAUGAGUAUCCAGAUGGCCGGUUGCCGCCAGAGCCCGAGAAUAUGGAUGAGAUACUUCGAGCACUAUCUCAGCCUAGACAAUCCCUAUCUCCAUCUCGAUUCUCGAAGGAUGACUUUCGCAAGUUUCAACGAGAAGACGCGCAGGCGUCCAAGGAGAGACAAGUCACGACAACUAUCAUCCCAAUAAUUGAAGGAGAUGUUGGGGAUAAAAAAUGUGUUGCUGGUGAGAUACCGUUUACAAACCUCGACCACCUGACUGAUGGGACACUUGUUCCGGGUAAUCCUGAUAUAUACUACGGCGCGCGUCCUGAACAGCUCGACCGGAGCAUACGCAAGUGCCUGGGAGGUCAUGUUAUGCCUUCCACCCAAGAAGAUUUCCCCGUUGCACCAAAUUUCUUCAUUGAAGUGAAAGGACACGAUGGGUCAACCGCGGUGGCUAAAAGACAGCUGUCCUAUGAUAUGGCACUGGGGGCGAGAGGCAUAAACACUUUUCAGGGGUACAACAGCUCUAAUUUGCCGUAUGACAACCGAGCCUAUACCCUCGGUUGCACUUAUCAGGCUGGGAUCAUAAAGAUGUACGCCAGUCAACCAAUACUACCCUCCGUGCCAGGAGGACAACCUGGGUAUAACAUGACGCAGCUCAAAGUAUUGGCUCUGACCAAUGACGCAGAAGCCUUUCGACAAGGUGCUACUGCAUACCGGAAUGGCAGGGACUGGGCAAAGCGGCAACGAGAUGAUGCCAUCAAUCAAGCGAACGAUAGAGCCAGCCACGAAAUGGUAGAAUCUUUCAAAGGUGACGGCAUUGGACUGAGCUUUGCAAGCGAGGCUUCGGCUAGCGAUAUAGUCGUCGCUAGCCAAGAUAUAAUUCCAAACCGCUAUUCUAAUGUGCCAUCUUCUGAAGAGUCUGAGGCCUCCGCAGACGAACUGUCACUAGAUUUUCAGCCUCCAGUCAAACGCAGGAACUCAGGUUCUCCGCAAAAGAAAUCCUAAAAUGACGAAUAUCUGAACUCCCCAAACAACGAGGCGGCAGUUGAGCAGUUCGAAACCACGGAGCUGUUGGGAAAACCAGGGUAAUAUACCUCCUUCGAACAACAGUUGCUGAUAGGGGGACGGUUUCCGUAUGGGACUCCAAUGUCAAUUUGGUCACAGGGAUAUCAAGUAGAUGGUUAGAUGGACACUUCCAAUCUGCAUUUUUUGGUGAAAAGUGCGUGAAGCAUGAAAAAGAGCCUUCGAAGAGCCAAAGAAAAGGGGCGGGCAGUGUAAUUAUAUCACUGUUGAGGGUAUGAAGGUGCAUUAUCGGUUUAUUUUUCAAGCGAUAUCUUUAUUCAAUGUUGCCAGGGCGUUCAAUAGCGAACUUUGCUUACGCGGGGGUGGGGGGAGAUAAGUCAUGGGCGAAAGUAUGCGACACGGCGAUACCAGGGUUAUGCUAUUUGAUUCAUAAUACCAAUUGUUUCUAGCAGUACAUUUUUGAGUUUUGUCAAGUAGUGCACCUGGAUUGGCCCUUUGAUCCUCUUGGGAGAGCGCCAAAAGGAGCUCAUCUCUUACGCAAAUGCUAGCUAGCCUUAAAAUACAAUGCAGUGAUUUCCCCGGUCACCUUGCCUCAAACUCUUUAAUUCGUUCAGAGUGUAUUGUAUCUUCCUUCUCCCAGGAAUUCUCACCCGCUGGACGACCCUUCAAACAAAAUAUUCAAUUUCCCCCCUCCGUUCUCGCUUCUUGAGUACUUUCACACCGAAGUUCCCUUGAUAGCUCGCCUCAAAAUUGUCAACAAGAUCCGAACUGAUGUCGUCCUGUGCCUGCCACGUAUUUUUAUCAUCACCAAAGCCUUCCCACUUCACGAGGUACCAAACCACAUUACGUACUGUCGACUUGGCAAGCAACGCUUCCACCUCGCAGAUCUCAUCUGUAUCGCUUUCUACUCCUUGGCUGCUACGACGCGGCUGCAUUGCUGUGUGAUUUUUGUUCCCAGUUGAUAGUAUGCCUCUGUGAGCACCCUUGGUUAAAAACCAGAUGCAUAAAUUCCCCCGCUUUCGUUAGCUGAGUUCGUUAUCUUGCGUUUCUUGUACUUCAGCGUCUGUGAGCGGUUCUUCAGCUUUGUGCAGUAGUGCACUUGCAACGUCCCCUUCGUCCUUUCCGGGAAGUAGGCUGCGCACUGGGUACUCACGAGUCGAGUAGUAGAAUUUUUACUUACCCAGCUGAGUUACUCACUCAUGUCCCGAGUAUUGUUGAAUGAGGAUUACUCACUUGCUGAGUACCUAGUAUGGGUCUUGGCAACUCAGUUAAAUCACGUGUUUGAUUAGCCAUUACUUAUUUGU